CCCCCCACCCUCUCUCCGUCGGGUUAGUGUUUGGGGGGGCAGGGGCUGGAGCUCGGCCCCAGCCGGAAUUGCUGCCAAGGGCUUGUAACACAAUCUCUCCCGUUUGAAGGGUAAAUCGGUGUCUACCGCGUUUGCUGUCCGGCAGAAAAACAGGAAUCAGGAGGGGUAAACGAUGUGCAGCUCCCUGAGCCCCAAGGUGCGUGGUGGACCUGGCCUGUCCGAUUUGCAUCAGUACAGCCAGUGGCUGGCCAGCAGACAUGAAGCCAAUUUGCUACCGAUGAAAGAAGACUUAGCCCUGUGGUUAACCAAUCUAUUAGGGAAAGAGAUCACAGCUGAAACCUUCAUGGAGAAAUUGGAUAAUGGCGCCUUGCUCUGUCAACUCGCAGCAACUGUGCAGGAGAAGUUCAAGGAGACCAUGGAUGCCAACAAGCAGGCCAAGACUCUGGCAUUGAAGAAGAUUCCAUGCAAAGCCAGUGCUCCCUCAGGCUCCUUUUUUGCCCGAGACAACACAGCAAAUUUCUUAUCCUGGUGCCGGGAUUUGGGGGUGGAUGAAACAUGUCUGUUUGAAUCUGAAGGCCUGGUCCUGCACAAGCAACCCCGAGAAGUGUGUCUCUGUUUGCUAGAGCUUGGCCGGAUCGCAGCCAGGUAUGGUGUGGAGCCUCCUGGUCUGAUAAAGCUGGAAAAAGAAAUUGAACAAGAAGAGACACUCUCUGCUCCCUCUCCGUCACCUUCUCCUUCAUCAAAGUCUUCUGGAAAGAAAAGUACAGGAAACUUACUGGAUGAUGCAGUGAAAAGAAUCUCUGAAGAUCCUCCCUGCAAAUGCCCCACAAAGUUCUGUGUGGAGCGGCUCUCUCAAGGCAGAUACAGAGUGGGAGAGAAGAUCCUCUUCAUCAGGAUGCUGCAUAACAAGCACGUGAUGGUCCGCGUGGGAGGAGGCUGGGAGACCUUCGUGGGCUAUCUGCUCAAGCACGACCCUUGCCGGAUGCUGCAGAUCUCCCGCGUGGACGGCAAGACAUCUCCGGUGCAGAGCAAAUCCCCCUCGCUGAAGGACAUGAACCCGGAUAAUUACCUGGUGGUCUCCGCCAGUUACAAGGCUAAGAAGGAGAUUAAGUGAACCGAGUCCGCGAGGGGCGACGGCCACAUCCAUGUCUGCAGCCUAGUCAGUGUAGUGCACACGCUCCGGGAACUGCUUUGGAAAAGUCAUCAGACUGAAAACAUCCCAAGAGUAGCACUAUUUAUUUUCAAUGCUCUGUAGAACACGAAGCCCAAUCCUAAACCGAAGUCAGACCAAGUCUAAGCAAACCCUCGUUCCUGAAUACGUGAGCAUAGUUUUAGAACUACCUUCCUAGGAAGACCUCUGGGUAGGGCUGUCUAGGAGAGCACUUAGCACGCGCAGACUCGGCAAAAGAAAGCGCCCGCUGUAACAGAGAAAAGCACCCCAGAUGCUUAUGUAGUUGGAUUUUAAAGCUACUUUUUACAAAAUGACAAUGUGGCGAUGUGCUACUAAAAUUACCCGACAGCACUGUAGAAUUUGCAACAGUAACACUUUACUGGAAAGGCCACUUCAGAGGUGUUUACAUUCACACGGAAGAUUGCCUUAAGUUCAUCUCUGAUCGCUGGCCAGUCCUCUGGGGUUCUCGAAGUUUUCAGCUCAGCCCCUUAGAGAGCAGCAGGUACCUUCACAAGUCCCUAAGCCCAGCGCUGGGCCCAGGAUGACUUAGUGGAACUCACACACACAAGCCGGCCGUGGGUUUAUAUUUUGAUGCGCGGACUGUACAGCCAAAUGUUCACUGAUUUUGUGGGUCCUUUUUUCCCAAGCAUUUUCUUAUUAAAAUAUAUCUUUAGUUAAUCCUACUUUGCUAUGCUGUCUAGGUUAAUUACCAUAGGGAUGUUCCAGACUUGUGUACCCAGCAUAGGGCUGUUUUGUAUCAAUAAACAGCAAGUUACUGUCCACAAUGAUCUAAGAAUUAAAAAUGGAGAAUUAAAAACAA